AUGCGCCGCAUUGGCACAGCACGACCGGUGGUUCGCAAUGUUACGGUCCAGCACGCCGAGCGCCGCGACUCGCUCGCGUCAAUCCAAAGCACGUCCUCGAACGGAACCUCGCUUGCUCCGUCGUCGCCCACUCAUUUUUGCUAUGCUACCUCAUGGGUCGUCGGUGGCCUCGUGUGCCUUCUCAACGGCGUUGCCUUCCCGCGACCGUCGCUGGGUGGCAUCUCGGGCGCCGGCGUCGCGCGCAGCUGGGGCACCAAGGUCCAGGCGUCCUGCGAAGCGACGUUUUCAUCCCGCGCGUUUACAUGGCUCAACGAAGACUACUACAGCGUUGCGUCGGUGCUCGUUGAGAGCGCGUCCGUCAUCAUUAUUGUGCUCCUUGGUGUCCCCGUCGGGACGCGCUUUGUAAAUAUCAUGACGACGGCCAAGGUGCUUCUCGUACUCUUCAUCCUCUGCGCAAGCGUGUCCGUCUUUACGAUCUCCAACGCGACGCCUUUCUUGCCGCCACGCAAUGCCAGUAUAUAUGGGCCGCAAGGUCUCGUCGUCGGCGUUACCCAGGCGUUCUUUGGCUACAUUGGCUUUGACGAGGUGUGCUGCCUCGCCGCCGGGAUGCAGUCGUGCGCCGACGUUGUCGACUUUGCCUUCCUCGCACAAAUCGACGGUCUUUUGCCGCCCAUCUUUGCGCGCGUCGACGGCGACGGACGGCUGCGGGAUGGCACACUCCUCACUGGUGGCGUCUGCACACUUCUCGCGUUCUGCGUACUCGGGUGUCUUUGGAUGCUCGUCGGUGCGGGCAUCUACUUUGCGCACGGCGCGCGCUACAGCGUCCAUCGACAGACGCAGAGCCGAUUGACCACCAACCACAAGGACUAG